UCGAAAAACCAUCUCAAGAAGUACUAGAAUUGAAGAAAGAAUUUGAAUUUUUGCGAGGUCGGCAAAAAGUAUUUUUAAUCAAGGCAUUGUAUGCGAAAAAGAGCAAGAAAUUUAGCUGGACUAUUGACUUUUCCAACUUGUCACUAAAAGAACUAAAGACAUAUAUUCACGACCAAUUAUCUUUUCCAGAAGAAGUUGAUCCAGAAGAUUUAAUUCUUUGUGGCAGUAAUGAUAAUGCCAAAAAUAAUGAGGAGCAAAGCCUAAUUGAUAAUAAAUCAUAUGAACAAUAUCUCAAGUUCUGUGUAGCAACGAACUCUCUAAGUCUUAAAAUCAAUGUUUAUACUGUACAGAAACCAUAUUCGGAAUGGACCUUCAAUGAUGUUAGCAAUAUAUUCAAACUACCGGCUCAUUACAAAGAUCUUCCUAAAUUCACUUGUGGUAUCGAUAAAUUUGAAGAUAAAAAGUCCCAAGAGUUGAUUUUGCAUCUUAUUAAAGAACUAAAUAUUCGUCAAUCAACAGUCCGCGGUGAUUCUGAAGCUUAUAAUAGUCAUUUUGUAAUUCCUUUUCUUGCAGUGGCAAGCUCCAUAUGUGGUAAUAAGGCUCAAAUAUAUCCUGAAGAGUAUAUUCAAGGGAGAUAUGGCCGUGGACCAGUAGAUUUUUGUAUGAUAUUGGAAAAUAUAAUCAUCAGCGUUGUAGAGGUAAAAAGAGAUGAUUUUAUACAAGGUGCAGCGCAAAUAAUCGUACAGCUUCAUUCAUCGUUUGAGAAUUCUCGAAAGCGAAAACGUGAGGUUGAAAAUGAUUUGGUUAUUGAUAAAGUGUAUGGAAUAGUUACUGAUAGUAAAUGUUGGUAUUUCUUUGAGUGUUCUAUGAAUGGAGAUAAGCCAGAAUAUAAAAUUCAUUCAGAACAUGGGACUACAAUCAAUUGGGGUGGCAAUAUUGAGGAAGGGGUUACUGAGGUCUUAGGACAGGUUGUUUGGUUAUUAAAAGAUGCAGAAAGGUUAAUAGAAUCGGCAAAACAAAAGAAGGCUAAAUUAGCCAAAUAA